GAGCUGCCUCCCACAGGAGGGAGGACGCGGAGGGGCGGCACCCGCCUCCCCGACCCUGGGCGCGCGGGAACCCAGGUCCUUCAGCCUCCCGAGCGCGCAGAGGUGGGGCCGGCCCGCUGCCGACCCGCUGCCCGCACCCCCGCCCCUCGGACCCGGCUCCGGGAGCGGGGCGCCCGCGCGGGCACACGGCGGCCAGAGCGCCGAGGCGGUACCUUCAGCCGUGCAAUGAGAAGAGCUCGGGAGAACCAACCGGAGCCAGCAGAGAGCUUGGCUGCGCCCGGUUUGUUGCUGCCGCCGCGGCUGCUUGAAACUCCCCAAAGUUGAAAGCCGGCGAGAGGCUGCCGCCCGCCGGGAGCAAGAGGGAAAGGAAGUCGGAAGGUGCAGGAGUGACAGACACGGACCACGGACGGACAGACGCGCAGACCUUCAGAAGACAACACGUCGGCGGCCUAUCCCCCAGGCUCGAGAGGCUUCCCAGCUCCGUUCCCUGGUGGGAGGCUGAGCUGGUGGAAAAGGCACCAGGAAGAGACUCAGCGGCGACCAUAAUGUCUUUUCGCUUACACACACUGCCCACCCUGCCAGGAGCUGUCAGACCCGGCUGCAGGGAGCUGCUGUGUUUGUUGGUGAUCACGGUGACUGUGAGCCCUGGCGCCUCGGGAGUGUGCCCCACCGCUUGCAUCUGUGCCACUGACAUUGUCAGCUGCACCAACAAAAACCUGUCCAAGGUGCCUGGGAACCUUUUCAGACUGAUUAAGAGACUGGAUCUGAGUUAUAACAGAAUUGGGCUUCUGGAUGCUGAGUGGAUUCCAGUGCCAUUUGUAAAGCUGAACACCCUAAUUAUUCGUCAUAACAACAUCACUAGCAUUUCCACAGGCAGUUUUUCCACAACUCCAAAUUUGAAGUGUCUGGACUUAUCAUCCAAUAAGCUGAAGACGGUGAAAAAUGCAGUGUUCCAAGAGUUGAAGGUUCUGGAAGUGCUCCUACUUUACAACAAUCACAUAUCCUAUCUCGAUCCUUCAGCAUUUGGAGGGCUCUCCCAAUUGCAAAAACUCUACCUAAGUGGAAACUUUCUCACGCAGUUUCCUAUGGAUUUGUAUGUUGGAAGGUUCAAGCUGGCAGAACUGAUGUUUUUAGAUGUUUCUUAUAACCGGAUUCCUUCCAUGCCAAUGCACCAUAUAAAUUUAGUGCCAGGAAAACAGCUGAGAGGCAUCUACCUUCACGGAAACCCAUUUAUCUGUGACUGUUCCCUGUACUCAUUGUUGGUCUUUUGGUAUCGUAGGCACUUUAGCUCAGUGAUGGAUUUUAAGAACGAUUACACCUGUCGCCUGUGGUCUGACUCCAAGCACUCCCAUCAGGUGCUGCUGCUCCAAGAUAGCUUUAUGAAUUGCUCUGACAGCAUCAUCAAUGGUUCCUUCCGUGCAUUUGGCUUUAUUCAUGAGGCUCAGGUCGGUGAAAGACUGAUUGUCCACUGUGACAGCAAGACUGAUAAUGCAAAUACCGAUUUCAUCUGGGUGGGUCCAGAUAACAGACUUCUGGAGCCAGAUAAAGUGAUGGAAAACUUUCACGUGUUUCAUAAUGGAACUCUGGUUAUAGAAAGCCCUCGUUUUGAGGAUGCUGGAGUGUAUUCUUGUAUUGCAAUGAAUAGGCAACGCCUGUUAAAUGAAACUGUGGAUGUCACAAUAAAUGUGAGCAAUUUUACUGUUAGCAGAUCCCAUGCUCAUGAGGCAUUUAACACAGCUUUUACCACUCUUGCUGCCUGUGUGGCCAGUAUCAUUUUGGUACUUUUGUACCUCUAUCUGACUCCAUGUCCCUGCAAGUGUAAAUCCAAGAGACAGAAAAAUAUGCUAAACCAAAGCAAUGCCCAUUCAUCUAUUCUCAGUCCCGGCCCUGCUAGUGAUGCCUCCACUGAUGAACGGAAGGCAGGUGCAGGUAAAAGAGUGGUGUUUUUGGAACCCCUGAAGGAUACUGCAGCGGGGCAGAAUGGGAAAGUCAGGCUCUUUCCCAGUGAGACGGUUAUAGCAGAGGGCAUCUUAAAGUCCACGAGGGGGAAAUCUGACUCAGAUUCAGUCAAUUCAGUGUUUUCAGACACACCCUUUGUGGCGUCCACUUAAUUUGGGAAUUUUGUGCCUAUGUUUGUAUGAUGUCAUAAUCUCUUCAUAUUUAACUUCCCGUGUGGUCUGCAAAAUAAACACCAGGACAGAAACUGUGUUGUUUUGGUUUUUGAAAUACAACCAAAUGGUCUCUUAAAAUCAUUGAUAGGAAAUGAGGUAAAGCACUUUGGUUCCUAAGUGUGCCAGAGAAAAAUGGUGUUGUUUUCCAAAGUUUAAGUUCUAGAUAUCUAGUAUCUUAUCCUUUAGCACCGUUGAUCUUUUCAAAGCUGGCCCGGAGGUGAUAUGACUGACAUUAUCCCUUUAUUCAGAAUUCUUAAAAGAAAAAAAUAAACUUCAUGUAUUCGUGUUCUUUAAAAAUAGACUUUGCUAACUUCUUAGGACCAAAGUUGAGUUAUUUUAAAGAAAAGCACUAGUGUCCUAUUUCAUUUUUGAAAGACAUGGAAGAAAGAAUCAAGUAGCAAAGUAUAAAGUAAAGUUGGAUUUGGGAAUUAUUCAGCCAAAAUCACUAUUUCAGACAAGAGUAAACAGACUAUGCUGAUGAAAUCUCCUGGAUAAUGCCACAUCCUAUAUGGUGUUAGAUAAAUAGUGCAAGGAAAAUACAUUUGUUCACCUGUCUUCUUUCCAUGCUGUAUCCUUGUACAAAAGAUCUCAUUGAAAGUUCAAAGUCAUCAUUAUUUGUUGCCAUAAAUAUGUAGGUGUCAAUACCCGAAUGUCUGAGUAACUUCUUCAAUCUUUGUUCUAGCACACUAAUAUUUGUUCAUAUGCUUGUGUAUAUGUAAAUCUUAAAUUAUGUGAACUAUUAAAUAGACCCUACUGUAUUGUGCUUUGGACAUUUGAAUUAAUGUAAAUAUAUGUAAUCUGUGACUUGAUGUUUUGUUUUAUUUGGCCAUUUGAAAACAUAAAUCUAAGAUGUUUUAUGUGAUCAGAUUAUGAUAUUUUGUAUAAAGCACCACCUGUAGUAAAUCUCUCUACAAAAUCCUUAUAGUAUAGAAUUUAUUUUUAAAGAGGAGGAAAGGCUUUGAUGUAUUCUAGACCAAUUUAUACCUUCUAUAUCACAUUUUAUUCUGAUAUCAUUAUGCAUUUUAACCAGGUUUGGAAGACACUUAAACUCAGAUUUUGCAAGAAGUGAGAGCCCGGGAGACCUCCUUAUUAUCUCUGUCUCUGCCAUGAGGUAAUCAGGUACCCUCUCUGAACCUAUACUUCCUCAGCUGUCAAAUGAAGGUUUCCGACCCAAUAGUGUUUAAGGUUCCCUCCCAUACUGUAAUUGAUGAUGUCCUGGUGGUCUUAGCUCCAUCGGAGACUUACACUGGCUUUCCGAAACUUUACCACAUACUGAUGGAGUGCAGGAAUGGGAUUAAAAUAGCCUAGCAUAGCAUUGUAUAGCUCAAAGGGGUGUUCCGGAUCACCAAGUCCUGCUCCUUCCCCUUUCUCGGGGAUGAAUGGGGCCCUAAGAGAGUUGUCUGUUAUCUAAGGCUAAACAGUGAAUUAAUGACAGAGAUAGAAGGAAAGCUAGGGUUCGGCAUCUUCCCUGGCAAAGAUAAGAGGUCCACAGGAAUGGCUGUCUUUAACAGGAUGGGCAUGGAGAAGGAACCAAGGAUUCAGACAAAAGCGUGAUCAAAAAGAGGCAAAGGAGAAUCAAGGAUUGUUAUAACUGGGGCUAAGAGAAAAGAGAAUCUUUAGAAGAUGAGAGUCAGCAACAGUGACAUAUUGCAGAGAAGUAGAUGAGGACGGAAGAUCAACCACUGACU